AUGUCACCAUUCAACACAAUUAUUACCAUCUCCGUCGUCAUCGCAGCCGCAUCUCUCAUCAGAAACUUCUCAUCUCCUUCCGACAACAAUACUUUUCUCUACUACCACCACUGCACGCACCCAAACUACUUUCGAGGAUCGUCUUUUUUCUCUAAGUACCUUCCUGGAUCGACUUACGAGUCAAACGUCAACUCUCUACUCACUUCCCUCUACCUUCCUGGAUCGACUUACGAGUCAAACGUCAACUCUCUACUCACUUCCCUCGUAAACUCAGCUAAUGUCUUCACAUACAACCAUUUCACUGUCGGAAACUACGGCAAAACCGUCCACGGGAUGCACCACUGCCACAGUGACCUCUCCACACGUUCCGAUGAUUGCGCUAGAUGCGUCGCGCAAGCUUCUCGCAUACUACAAAGUCUCUGCGGGGGUGCAGCAGGUGGUACGUUGCUUCUCGAAGGUUGUUUCGUUGAGUAUGAGAACACUAAGUUCUUGGGCGUGGCGAAUAAGACGUUGCUGGCUAGGGUAUGCGGGACACCGUGGGGGUAUAGCUCGGACGAGUUGACUAAGACCAGUAAGAUGGUGAGUUUUGUAGUGGGCCCCACAAACGUACCUUACAGAGCUUGGAUAGGAGAGGGAGCGCAAGCUGUGGCGCAGUGUACUGAAGAUCUUAUAGAAGCGAACUUACAGCUGAAGUCGUUGUGUGGAGUAACUGCUUGGGGUGAAGUGCACUUAGCCAAGUGUUACGUGCGUUACUGGUCGCGUGGAGCCACUGGCCACGGGUGUUUCUCCGCGCUACGCGCGGAUACGUGGUUAAUUAGUUUUGUUUAG